CCAAAUCAAACUACAAGAUGAAGAGUUGGUUUUUCUUAAUUUUGGGAUUCACCCUAACUUGUGCUUUGGAUCAAGAAUUUCUUGACAAGUUUUUYGAAGAAAUGCAGGAAUUUGGCGCCCAAUGUGCUGAAGAAACUGAAGCGACUUCAGACGAUAUUGCCGAAUUGAUUGCUCGGAAACUUCCACCCAGCACCCAUGAGGGCAAAUGCAUGAUUUUCUGCAUGCAGAAAAAAUUCAAAAUGAUGAAGGGAAAUGGGAGCAUUGAUCGAGCUGGGGCCAUAGCCGCCUUGAAACCGCUCCAAAAAGCCGAUCCAGAAUUGUAUCAAAAGGUUUUGAAAAUUUUUGUGACGUGUGGAAUGAAAGUAAAACCAUUGCCUGAUCCUUGUGACACUGCAACCGAGUUGGCUUUAUGUGCACAAAAGGAAGCUGAAGCUAUUGGUUUGGAAGAUGCUCUACUCUGAAUUUGAAUUUGUUUUUUAUAUCUGUAUCGUGUUGUAGAAAUAAAGCAUAAGAAAACUA